ACCUCGCCUAAAGCAUCCACGAAUAAAAAUGGCCGUGCCGCUGCGCUGGCCCGUGCUAUUAUAGACCUCCUACGGAAUCCGCGGCGCCACGCGCCGCCCAGGCUCCUCCCUCCGUCCAACCCCAACCGGAGCCCAGGGAGUGGUGACGCGGGUGUGUCCGUGGCGGAGGCGGGCGGGCGGGCGGGCGCGCCAUGGACGUGGGAAGCGUCGAGUGCGUCUCGCUGCCCGACGCCGGCCUCGGCCUCGGCACGCUCCUGGCAGCCGCCACCGCCGCCCGGGCCCACCCCAAGGGCAGCAUCGCGGGCGGCGUGCACGAGCUGCUCGAGUGCCCCGUCUGCACCAACUCCAUGUUCCCGCCGAUACACCAGUGCCAAAAUGGACAUACUUUGUGUUCCACAUGCAAGGCUAGAGUACACAAUCGUUGUCCUACUUGCAGACAAGAGCUUGGUGAUAUCAGGUGUUUGGCACUGGAGAAAGUAGCCGAGUCGCUUGAGCUUCCCUGUAAGUACUGCACUAUGGGGUGCCCAGAAAUCUUCCCGUACUACAGCAAGAUAAAGCACGAAACGCAAUGCCGCUUUAGGCCAUAUAAUUGCCCCUACGCUGGUUCUGAGUGUGCUGCGGCUGGUGAUAUCCCUUAUCUUAUUUCCCAUGUGAGGGAUGAUCACAAAGUUGAUAUGCAUUGCGGUUGCACAUUCAACCACAGAUACGUCAAAUCGAACCCACGAGAAGUUGAAAAUGCCACCUGGAUGCUGACGGUGUUUCACUGUUUCGGACAGUACUUCUGCCUGCACUUUGAGGCCUUCCAGCUUGGGAUGGCACCAGUAUACAUGGCCUUCCUCCGUUUCAUGGGGGACGAGAACGAGGCGAAGAACUACAGCUACAGCCUUGAGGUUGGUGCCAAUGGCAGGAAGAUGGUAUGGGAGGGCACCCCCAGGAGUGUCCGCGACAGCCACCGGAAGGUGCGGGACAGCCACGACGGCCUCAUCAUCCAGAGGAACAUGGCGUUGUUCUUCUCUGGGGGUGACCGGAAGGAGCUGAAGCUCAGGAUCACCGGUCGGAUCUGGAAAGAGCAGCAGACCCCAGAGGGCGCCUGUAUACCCAAUCCCUGUAACUAAGCAGUGCAAUCUUUACAAGAAAGGCUGCUGAUUGCCCGGAUGUAUUGUCUAUCCCGUUGCCGUACCUUACUGCUGCUGUGGUCCGGGGGCAAUGUUUCGUGUUGUAUCUUUGUUAAGCAAAAAUAUUAGGAGGGUAGGAUGCUCCUGUAAUUGAAAUUGUGCAUAUGGCAUCCCUGACCUUACUUCUGUUGGGCUGUUGAUCAAGCUAUCUGCUGCCUUCACUUUUGUUUUCAUCAUGAAACUGCAUUUUUCGCUUCGCA